AUCCUCCCCACUAAAGCGACCCGUACCCCCAUCAGCUCCACACACCACUAUCCUGUCGGGGUGUCUUCUCACCCCUUACCCCUAUACCCCCUCGCCAAGUUCCUGUGUAAUAUCCGGCAGGUAUAUCUGUAAAAAAAUGUCUUCUACGAAAAUGUCUUCUGAGAGCAGCCUGAAAGAACCAUCGCUCGAGGACGCCAUCGAGAGGUUUCGUAGCCAGGACGCGGCGAACUACUUUACCCGAUUCCCGGAUGCGCGUCAGAAAUUCUUCAGCGAUGAGAGUAACCGUGGCGAGGCCGCCGUACUCGUACCGCUCAUCUACGAUCAAGACCAGUGGAGGAUGAUGAUGACAGUUAGAGCGAAACAUUUGAGGAGCCAAGCUGGGUACGUGGCCUUUCCUGGCGGCAAGUUUGAUGAUCAGGAUGUUGAUCUCCGUACCACUGCUUUGAGAGAAGCGGAUGAAGAAAUCGGACUACCACCCAACCAGGUUCGAGUCAUCUCACAACUGCCACCAUUAGUGGCUCCUAACCGUCACCUCGUCACCCCUUAUGUUGCUCUCAUCCCACCGACGUUCGUACCGACGCCCGAUGCCUCCGAGGUCGCCGAGACCUUCACCGCACCAGCACGAAAUUUCACCCAGAGUCGACAUCAUUCCUGCCGAUGGAUCGAGUUCAGGAAUCGGCCUUUCGUCCUCCACGCCUUCGACAUCCCCCGCCUCGCCGGGCGUCACCCUUUCAUGGGCAUGUCGGCCAAGUUGGCUAUCGUCACCGCGGCCGUUCUCUAUAACCGCACACCUUCCUUCGAGGUCGACCCCGCCUUUGACAUCUCCGAUCUAAGCAGAGGGAUGUAUGAUAUCUAUUUUGGGAAAAGAUAACCUUUAUUAUGUCCCAAAUACCAUGCAUCAAGAUAACAAGGGACCGCGCCCUGUUGUGAUUCAAGUAGUGAAAAUGUAUGCAUAUUUUGACUUUCUGUGCACUGACACUUAUUUCAAGGCCAUCCCCCAUAUCUUCUCUUUUUUUGCUGAAUCGAAUUCCGUGACAUGUGAUAAUGAGCGUUUUGUUAAACUUUAUGCUAAACAACCACAUGAUGGCUAUCUUGGCAAUAUCACGACAAUCAUGAUUUAAAAGUCAUGAGGUAUAUUCAAAACACGUGAUGUUACAAUUUUUUCAUGAACCAUAAAGUCCGAAUUUGGUUUGGCAAAAAAAAAGAAAGAAAAGGUUCUAGUUGGUAUUUCCCCAUUCCACCGAAUCUAUCUAUUUGAUUGAAUUGUUCUGUUGUUUCUUUUUAAUAUGUUCUCUUCUAGCUUUGAAUAUUCCUUCUUCAAGCAAAAACUUUUUUUUCAACC